AUGAGGGCAACAGGUGCCUUAAUGCUUCUCAGCCUGCUGCUGCUCUCUUUCGUCUCAGAUGUGGCAGGUCAAGACAUUGAAGAGAUUUGUAAAGAGUUUGUAAACAGAAGCGUGUACUGCACGAGGGAGUCCAACCCUCACUGCGGCACGGAUGGCGUCACGUACGGAAACAAGUGUGCCUUCUGCAAGGCAGUGCUGAGGAGUGGAGGGAAAAUAAGAUUGAAGCACCUGGGGAAAUGCUGA